AAGGUAGUAGUGUUUUCUAAGCAGCACUUUGAGAAUCUUACGGUACACAAUCACUUCAAACAAGGAACUUGUUGACGAUGGCUGAUAUAAAGGACGAAAGAGGGAACCCAAUCCAUCUUACCGACGACCAUGGUAACCCUGUCCAGCUCACUGAUGAGUUCGGUAACCCUAUGCACCUAACCGGUGUUGCCACCUCCGCUCAAGUCUGUAGGAAGAGUACCAUCGGCGACAUUGAGGAGCACCCUGCUAGCACUGUUACUGGAACACACCCGGUCGCUACUGAAUCACACCCGGUCGCUACAGGAACACAUUCUGCAGUUGCUCCUACAGCCGCUGCCGCUGCCACUGCCACAGGAGUAGCCGCAGGUACAGGGGCAACCAACACAGGGCAGCAACACCAUGGCUCGCUUGAAGAGCAUCUUCGUCGGUCUGGAAGUUCAUCUAGCUCUAGCUCGGAGGACGACGGGCAAGGAGGGAGGAGGAAGAAGAGCAUAAAGGAGAAGAUUAAAGAGAAAUUUAGUAGCGGUAAGCAUAAGGACGAGCAAACACCGGCCACCGCAACGACCACAGGACCUACUACCACCUCUGCCGACCAACACCACGAGAAGAAGGGCAUUCUUGAGAAGAUCAAGGACAAACUUCCCGGCCACCACAACCACAACCACCCAUGAACACGACCUUUUGUCAUCAUUUCAUAAAUAAAAGGGCUUAUGGUCGGUCAUAUAUAUAUAUAUAUAUAUAUAUGUCUGUCUAAUGAAGUUUACUGAAUUUUAGUUUUAAAUGUCUUCGCAGUUUGUGAAUGUGACAAUCGUAUGGUUAUGUUUUCUGUUUUAUUUUUAUAAAAAUGAAGUGUAUUUUGCUAGCAUUUUUCCCAAUUGACGACAGUCGAAUA